AAUUUCCGCGGUUGGAUUAGCUGCUCUAACAUUCGCCGUCCGAUUGAAUUCACUGACCCAAUCUCACCGUCGAAUAUUUGGAAAAAAUUGAAAUUCAAAAUCUCGAGAGGGAGAGAAACGAAGAACGUAUUCAGAAGACGAGCUUCGGCGUCAAAGUUUUUCAGUUCCGGAAUUGCGUAUUUUUGUGCAUGAUCUUUGUCGCCGCUAUUGGACUGGGAUUUGUGCCCGAAAUUCGGAAGAUUGAGUAGAUUUCUCGAGUUUGAAUUGUUGGUAGUAAAUAUGUGGAUUAAGAAAGUUUAGGAAAAGAUUUGAAAUUGUUGGCAGAGGUUUGAUACUUGAAAUUCAAAUUUAAUGGGGGAAGUUGAGAAUCGGGAGAUGGAUAAUUUGGCCCCGUCAAAUGCUCAAACUGAUAGUGCGGAACCGGGUAACGUGGUUUCAUCUGACGUUCCUGCUAAGAAACUAGCCAGGCAGCUGGAUUUUACGAGUUUUGGUGGUGCAGUCUUGCCAGAGCACCCUCAUUUUCAGUCUCAGUCUCAGUCUCGGUGUCAAUCAGAGUCGCAGGCCGUGAUGGUGGUGCAGAGUCAGUCGCAGCCAAAGUCCCCACAACAUUUGAUGGUUUUGCCCAUUGGAACACAAGCACCUCAUUCUGUGAGAAAGCCAGAUUCUCCGAAGUCGAGAUCAAGAUCUGUUGAAACAAAGGAUGCUACUCCAAAGAAACAAAAACAGUGCAACUGCAAACACUCACGCUGCUUAAAGCUUUAUUGUGAGUGCUUCGCAUCUGGAAUAUAUUGUGAUGGUUGCAAUUGUGCAAAUUGCUAUAACAAUGUUGAGAAUGAAGCUUCUAGAAGAGAAGCAGUUGAAGCUACUUUAGAGCGUAAUCCAAAUGCAUUCCGACCAAAAAUUGCAAGCAGUCCACAUGGAACACGAGAGAACAGGGAUGAGAUUGGAGAGGUAGUAAUGCUGGGAAAGCACAACAAAGGAUGCCAUUGCAAGAAAUCAGGUUGCUUAAAGAAGUAUUGUGAGUGCUUUCAGGCCAAUAUUCUCUGCUCUGACAACUGCAAGUGCAUGGACUGUAAGAAUUUUGAAGGAAGUGAAGAAAGACAAGCUCUUUUCCAUGGUGACCACGUCAACAAUAUGGCUUAUAUUCAGCAGGCAGCCAAUGCUGCAAUAACUGGAGCUAUUGGAUCCUCUGGUUAUGCAUGCCUUCAAAUUCCAAAGAAAAGGAAAGGCCAAGAGCUGUGCUUUGGGCCUACGGGGAAGGAUCCUCCCCUCAACAGCAUGCCACAAUUUCAUCAGGCUAAUAAUAUAAUGUCUUCUGGCACUUCUACAUCAUCUUCCCUCCCUUUUGGUCAUGUUGGCAGCUCGGCAGCACCAGGGCCUUCAAAGUUUUCGUUCAGGUCCUUAUUAGCAGACCUCAUCCAGCCGCAGGACCUGAAGGAGCUUUGCUCAGUUUUAGUGGUGUUAUCAAGUGAAGCUGCCAAGACUAUAGCAGGACAAAGAAUUUCUGAGAAGCAGAUAAUUGAUCCACUACAAAUUUCCCUUGCUUCAUCAACUGAAGAUAGGUCACAGCAUCAGAAGGCAGAUGAGAAAGCUGAAGAUGGCGAGCGUGGAAGUACAAACGAAGGUGAUAGAAUUGUAAAUGAUAAUUCCAAUUCAGAUAGUUCGGAUCUGACAAGAGCAAGGCCAAUGUCCCCUGGAACUUUAGCUUUAAUGUGUGACGAACGCGAUACAAUGUUCAUGAGAGCUUCUCCAGCCAAUGGGUUGGCAGGCCAUGGUUGCAACACGUCAUCACAUGUGCCUGAUAAGUCUGCGUCAGAAGUCUAUGUAGAACAGGAAAAUAUUGUGUUGACAAAGUUUCGAGAUUGUCUUAAUAAACUCAUCACUCUUGGCGAGAUAAAAGAAAGAAAUUUCACUUCCAGAAGCGAAGCGAAGAAUGAAAAUCAUAGCAGCACCUCAAAUGGCGGUUGCCAACAGAGAACCAUUAGCAAUGGGGUCGGGAAGAACGUCACUCUCUCGGCACCCAGAAUACCACCAUUUGGAACAGUAGCUCGUCGUCCUAACGAUUUGCCCCCCAAAAUCCUACCCCUUCCUGAAAAUGGUAAGAGUAAACGACAAGUUGACAGAGAACUAUAGAAUGAGCUCAUGAAAGCAACUGGUGUGUUGCUUGCUCCAUCUCAGUUGUUGCUGUCCAUUGUUCAUUCAGGAUUGCUUUCUGGGACUGGUCUGUUCAAGUUAGUUGGUGGCCUCAUUUUAAUAUAUCUGAUUCGUUUUUAUAUCAUUGUUAGAAUUCGAGGCGAAUUUUGAGUUUCAAUUGUAGAUUGAGAUCCCGUAAUUGCUAAUCAUUGUAAAAGAUAGAUACAAAGAGCAAUAAUUCAUCCCAUUUGAUGAUCAAUAAAAUAAAA